AUGCAACUCCGCAACGGACGCGUCAUCGGCCCCACACCGCAGGAGACUUCUACAAUGUCAGUCAACAAAAAGCCGAGCGGGACGCCAGCCCAUCAUCGCCACGCGACUCCGAAGCCCACUGUGGCAGAGCGGCCGCAUGGGCAUAAGGAGGCGCCCCCACAGACAAUACCUAUGACCAAUGUUAUUCCAGGGGACAGUCCCUUCGCCACGUGGGACCAAUUCCAGUCCGCUAUGAGUGUGAUAAGAACUGUUAUAGGGGGGACCGUGGAAUCCGGGGCAACGAUUCCCAUGCUACCAGAAGACGGCAGCACUAUGCAGGCCUUUCUGCUGCGCGUCGAACGCCGGUACACCCAGAUGGGAUUGCAACCUCGCGAGUGGGGAAGCGCACUUAUAGACCACCUUGUGGGCCCGGCUCUAACGUAUUGGAUGUACCUACGGAAAACUAUCAACCUAAGCGACUGGGCGGCAGUACAGCGCAGGCUUUUGGAGCGGUUUGACAAAACAAUGUCGCAGAGUCAAUCGUUAACGGAGUUGGGUAAAGUACGGUGGAAUGGUAACCCGAAGGAAUACACGGACCGGUUUGCGGCUGUAGCGGAGAGUGGUUUGGGUCUUGCCCCCGACGAACUCGCUGACUAUUACUGCAGCGGGCUACCGACAGACCUCCAUCUUCUAAUAACCAAUAACGGACAGGUGAAAUGUCAGUCGUGGGAACAAGCGGCGACCGCCGCAACGCUCUGCGAGCCCAAGCAGAAUGUGCUGGAACUCCGAGAAAGGACCAGUCGAGCCAUUAGGGCUGCUAUCCAAGCUAAUGGACUCCGUGGGCACGAG